AUGCAUGGCGUGCGGGCGUGCAAGAAUGCAGACACGGGCGCCGACCCGCCAGCCUUGGUACGCCGACACCGCCGACAACGUCUGAGCAGGUUCCCCCACUUUCCUUCAUAUUUUGCAGUGGCAGACCAUGGGGUGCCAGAACAGCUGAUCUCCUCGGCCUUUGAGCAGCAGCGCCGCUUCUUUGCGCUGCCGUUGGAGCAGAAGAUGCAGAUCGCUGCAGACAGCAAGUACCGGGGUUACACGCCGAUGGCGGAGGAGACGCUGGACCCCAGCCGGUCCAGGGCUGGAGACAGCCACGAGGGCCUGUACUUUGGCAGGGAUAUUCCAGCCGACAGCGAGGAGGCCAAGCUGCCCCUGCAUGGCCCCAACCAGUGGCCAUCCGAGGAGCUGGUGCCCGGCUACCGCGCCGCCACCGAGGCGUACAAGGCGGAGGUGGAGCGGGUCGGCUUCCGCGUGCUGCGCCUGCUGGGACUGGGACUGGGACUGGGACCAGACCACUUCCUGCCCUACUUCUCCCGCCCCAUGCUCUUCCUCAGGCCGCUCCACUACUCAGCCCAGCAGUCGGACGAGGCGGCAGGGCUGUAUGCGGCGGGAGCGCACAGCGACUACGGUAUGCUGACCUUCCUCAAGACCGACGGCGUACCGGGGCUGCAGAUCUGCACAGACGGCGCAACCUGGCGCGACGUGCCGCCCAUUGAGGGCGCCUUCAUCGUGAAUUUGGGCGACAUGUUGUGCAGGUGGACCAACGGCGUGUACCGCUCCACGCUGCACCGCGUCAUCAACAGCAGCGGGCGGGAGCGCUACUCGAUGCCCUUCUUCUUCGAGCCCGACUUUGAUGCACGUGUGGAUGCCCUUCCGCAGUUCCUGGAGGGCCGGGAGCCGCGGUUUCCACCAACCACAGCGGGCGGGCACCUUUUGGAGCGCUACCACGCCACGCACGCAGGGUAUGGGAAGGCUGCUGGCACCGACGACGACGCGUCGGCGGCCACGGCAGCUGCCUGA